UUCAGCUUCUACUCCCUUCACCCUCCUCCUCCACCUCCGUCCGUAAAAUGCUGUACUCUCCCUUUAAGACCAAAAUGGUGGCAGGCUACGAGUGGGGCUCCACUUCCGGUGGGGAGGGGGCGGUACCCCAGCCCUCACGCCGGAAGUGGUUUGCGUUUUCAAGAUGGCGACUCCCUAUGUAACUGACGAGACCGGCGGCAAGUACAUCGCCUCAACACAGAGACCCGACGGGACCUGGCGCAAGCAGCGGAGGGUGAAAGAAGGCUAUGUGCCCCAGGAGGAGGUCCCAGUGUAUGAGAAUAAGUAUGUGAAGUUUUUCAAGAGUAAACCAGAGCUACCCCCCGGGCUGAGCCCUGAGGCCACCGCGCCCGCCACGCCGUCCAGGCCUGAAGGUGGUGAGCCGGGCCUCUCCAAGACAGCCAGACGCAACCUGAAGAGGAAGGAGAAACGGAGGCAGCAGCAAGAGAGGGGAGAGGCAGAGGCCUUGGGCCGGACUCUAGAAAAGGUAUCCCUGGCAGAAACAGCCCAGGUCCCCAGUGUGCCACAGGGUCCCCAGGCUGUCCCUGAAGCUGCCUCUGACCAGCCUGACUCAGCUGCUGCCUCCGAGAAGGCCAAGAAGAUAAAGAACCUGAAAAAGAAACUUCGACAGGUGGAAGAGCUGCAGCACCGGAUCCAGGCUGGGGAGAUCAGCCAGCCCAGCAAAGAGCAGCUGGAGAAGCUGGCGAGGCGGAGGGUGCUGCAGGAGGAGCUGGAGGACUUGGAGCUAGGCCUGUGAGCCCUUGGCAGAGGCAAUGGACUGCACAACAAACCAUGGGGCGCUCUGGGGUCCUGGGGCACAUGGGCAGCAGCCGGGAGGGGCACCCCCCAUAGUGACUCACUUGCACCCCCCAUGGCCCAACAUGUCCUCCAGAGCUCAGCCUCUCCCUCUUUUCUUUCCAACUUCUACUUUUUGGACUUUUCCCCCGCUCCCACUUCCAGUGUUCAAGCUCCCAGUGACUACCCCGGGCACCUUUGCUGCUGAUUUGGGUGUCUUGUUAAAAAGGAAAUUGGGUGGGUGGGCAUCUUGGAGAACUGAGGUUGAGGGUAGGGGGAGUUCUUCCAAGUCUUGGAGUCGUGGUUCCUAUUCACAGUGUUUAUGGGUUAUUUCCCCCUCCAUCCCUAACCUCUUUUUUU